UCCAUGGCGAUCUCAGCUGAAGAAAGCGAAGCCCAAGCUAAUAUACCUGUGCGACGAACUGAAAGCUUUCCUUAUCUAGCGAUCAAUGUCUCUAUUUCUGAUGGAACAGCAAAGUCUACAUUAGAUUAUCAGGAUUUUAAUCCCCUUUUGGUAACAUUUUCACCUGGACAAUCUACAGUUGAUGCUAUAAUUCCACUUGUGGAAGAUGAUAUUUACGAGUCUGGCGGCGAUGAGUCUUUUACUGUAGAAGUAUUGGAUAGCUUUGCCAACGUACACGUCGAGAAUAUCACACAAACAGUUGUAACGAUCAAAGAUGAUGAUGAUGGUUUGUAUAGUAAUGGGAAAGAAGGGUGGUGUAGUGUUAGGUCACUUGCCUGUGACCGGGUCGGUGUCCACUGGCAGAACGAAGCUUGGGAUUGGACAAAGUAACAAAAACAAAGAAAGCAUGGAUUAUGGUGAAAAAUGUGUAUUGUUCUACAUGUGCGUUGCGUUCUUUGUAUUAUCUCACCAUUCAUUGUUUGUUCAUCCACUCCCAGGCUUUGUUCUGCCGGUUGUGGA